AUGUCCUCAAAUUAUCUUGCGACCAGAAACAAUGUGAUAAAGAAUCGCACCACCAUAUUCCACGCUCACACGUACUGGGGAUUGCUGUACAGAACAGACUCUAACAUGCCACAAUUGGUGCCUGUCCCCGUCUACCUAGGAAAAACGAGUGCAAAUAGCUUGGACGAUUUGGACACGGAUAUCUGGAUUCGCAGUGGUUCCUGCUUCACUCAAUGCAUCAACUUGGAUGAAAAUUGUUUACAUGUAGGCUCCUCAAAGGGUGGUAGGCCAUACCGUCUUUGUCCUCCUCUCACCAUCUACUAUUCCAAACAUCCACCUCUGCCCACAUAUGCCAGGCACUUCAAUAGGGCAAUCAAACAUAUUUCCGGUAAUACAAUCGACAAAUGGUACAGUAACGUCUUAGUAGUAUGUCACGGCAAACAAAGCGCCGUGGCAGGUGUUCAAAUGAAGCAUGUCUCUUACAUUAACAAACACAUCAUUCGAUUGUUAUAUUUACAAAUUCACUUGUUCUUGAGCGCUAAUCAUGUCCAAGUGGAUUGUCAUUCAUAUUGCGCGAAAACACAAGAACUUCUUGUCUCGAGAAAGUGCUCCCCACCUAACACUUCGUUUCCUAUCAAGAAAUUUUUUGGCCCUGCCGUACGCAACCGUUUGAUCCAUACCGCGCAGUAUUGCGCGAGUCCAAACUGGAAUUCCAGAGUAGGAUGGGCCAACUCAAGAUCUGGUCAAAUUUUAGUCAAUGCCAAAAGUGGAGAUGAAAUGUUUUGCAUCAUAGUGGGCACGGUCUCUGAAACACGAUUCAAGAUGGGGCCCGUUGGAAACUACAACCCCGAAUUCAACAAGCUCAAGGAUGCCAAAUACACUUUCAGUUUGGACAAACCAACGAAUCCUGAUUUCAGACCCGACUGGGCCACCACUGUCAAAGCCUUAGAGGAUGCUGAGAAUAUGAUACAGAGUACCGAGGAUCAUCGACACUUCAUCGAGAAAGUCAGCAAUCUCAGGUCGCUGCGAUUGAGCACUUGUGUUCUCCAAGAAAAGGAUCCCAGAGUAUCAGAUGAAAUUAAACUAUCACAAUGGCCUGUGCCGCCGGAGUAUCGUGACGCUCUAGCUGACUUGGAAGACACACUAGUGUUCGCAAGUUCAGUUCAGUCCGGUUUUUUGCCCCCAAAACGCGCAACCGCGGACCGCAACCGGUCUAGGACUGACCCAGAUAUUGAGGGAACCGAACCGAACCACCUAGGACCGGUCUAUUUCGGUCUAUGGAGCCGGUUCAGACCGAUCCAGACCGGUUUUUUUGCGUAUAAUUUAUUAUACCAAUAUAAACCAUUUGUAUCUUGA